AUGUCGAAACAAGUCAAAGCUGUCACUAUUAAGCGGGGAUCUAAAGUCCCCGAGUACAAGCAAGUGGAGCUCCGAGCCCCUGAAGCCGACGAGGUGGUUGUGAAAGUGAUUGCCGCUGGAUUCAGUCACCUCGUACGAGGCAGGGCGCUAGGCACCCAUUACUCGCUGGUGGUGUCUGCUGAGGAGAAGGCAGUGGGUGUGGACGGUGUUGGAUAUGUCGAGGAUGAAUUGGUGUUCUUCACCACCUUCUUUCCGGAGGGCGGUUCGUAUGGCCAGUACAUUGUCACCAAGAAGAACCAGGUGUACCCAUUACCUAAGGACGCAGAUGAGACAUCAAUCGCACGGGUGGCAGCUUUGGCCAACGGACUCAUGUCGUCGGUGCUCCCGUUGGGAGGUAGAGUGCCCAACUUGAAGGAAGGCGCCACUAUUGUCAUCCUUGGUGUGACAGGAACUGCAGGCCAGUUGGCCAUCCAGGCUGCUAAACUCGGCUACAAAGCUGCCAAGGUGAUUGGGAUCGCUAGAUCUACCAAGAAGUUGCAGGAGCUUCAGGCAUCGCAGCCUCUUCUUGAUGAGAUCAUUGGCUUGGACAGUGACGACAGCGAUAUAGUCAAGUUGGAUGCGUUGGGCGAGGUGGACGUGGUACUUGACUACCUCUGGGGCCCUCCAGCUACCCGGAUUCUUAACAUUGCCCUCACCACGAAGAAAGUUCCCAGCGAUGCGUUGCAUUGGGUGCAAAUUGGCCAGAUUUCUGGUGAUGCUCAGAUCCCGGUCACUGCUGCGUUUCUUCGAGGGAACAACUUCCAGAUCCUUGGAAGCGGGCUAGGGCCCUUGAAGCAGGACGAGCAGUCUAGGCUUUUGGCGAAGACAGUUGAAUUGCUUUCUAAGGGCACGGUUACUGCCCCAUUUGCGUCUGCCAAACUCAGCAAUAUAGCUCAGGAAUGGGACAGUGAGUGGGACUCUCAGAUCAGAAAGUAUUUCGUGGUCGAGCAUUAG